CAUUACAAGAUUCUUGCUUCUUGGAGUGGAUUAUUAACGCUUUUUUAAAUCGUUUAUUUUCUUGGUGUGAUUUCUGUCAUAAUAGCAAGGCAGAAAAAUGAGCUUUGGUUUGCCAUCAUUCAUACCCAAGCCUGUUGUACCUGAACAAUUCGAUGUUAAAAGUGGAACUAACUAUGACUUACCCAAUCCUAUGGUAUCAGGUCUGUCAUCAAUCCGACAGAGUGUUGGUUACACACAUCCCUUGGAAGCAUCAGAACGAAAUUAUCAAAAAAAUCAAGAUCGCAUGAAUAUGAUAUUGCUUAGAAAUACGCAAGGAUUGCAUGCUCCACUGCGCAUAGCGAUGGAAUUGAAAGCCACUGAGAACAUCGGAAGACUUCCAUUUUUAUCGUCGUCUAAUGUGAUGCGAGAUGUUUUACUUGGAAAAGAUCAGAAUAUAGGAUUUGAAGAUGUCUUCAAUACGUCUGAAUUCAGAGAACAAAUGGGACAGCCACAUGCCGUCGUAGAAAAUCAUCUUGGAAUAUUGUAAUAUUCAUCUUG